AUGGCCAGCUUGAGAUCGCAUGGAGCUACACACACAGACACACACAUACUUUUCGGCCGUACAGUGGGUGGGUUAGAUCAGGCAUUGUUCAUGAUUGAUGAUGUUCACCUGCAAAUCCUGAUUGAGAAUGCCAGUGAACCGAGGCAAGAGGAGGGCGCAGGACGACAGCCGGAGCAUGCUGAAGGCAGCUUUGGGGUGGGACCAAAUGCCGGCGCGAUGCGAGAAGGUCGAGCUAAGGCUGGCUUUCUUCCUGUUUGGGUCAUCAGGCCUGCAUCCAUCGCCACUCUUUCUCUCCUUUGGGCCAAUUCUCCGUGGGCUGCGCUCGAGCACCGGCCAAUCGCCCGACUUGGACUUGGACUAAUGAACCCCCGGGGUUUAAUAUCGCCUGCCAAUCAACCGAGCCGGUCGCGACGGUCAGCCCGGACUUCUGUGGUUCGUCGCCACUGGAGGACUUGGUUUGAUCACGCUGGAACAGCAAGCACUACUAACUUCUCAGUGGCUGAGGUAUUCAGAAGCAUAUCCAAAACUCUAUCCAUCAUUGAUGGAUGA